CAAUGGCUUCCACACGCCGACGACUAUAUGGCCGAACUCAUUCGGCUGGAAGGUCGCGGGGAUGACAUCAGUCACCAGUGUGGUCAAUGCUGUGACCUUCUCCCCGAUGGGACCGGUCUCCGCUGCGAGGACUGCCACCAUCACGGCUUGUAUUGUGUUCACUGCUGCGUAGAGAUACACUCUGAUCUUCCGUUGCAUCAUAUCAAGAGAUGGACGAAGAGCCACUUCCAGUCAGAGACACUCAAGUCUCUGGGCUUGCGUCUCCAGUUCGGCCAUGCGCCUGGAGAGCGAUGCCCCUGUCCAGUUCACGUCGAGUCAUUCAUAGUACUUGAUAUGACGGGUAUCCAUGAUGUACGUACCUGGUUUUGCGGGUGCAAUGCAGCCCAGGCGCCAUACGUCCAGCUCCUUCGUCAUUCUUGGUUCCCUGCAACAUCCAAAAAUCCUCGCACAGCAGCAACUGUUUGCCUGCUCAAACAGUACAAUAUCCUCUCCGCUAUGUCUACUGUGACUGCAGCGGAGUUCUACCGGUAUUUGGAACACCUGACGAAUAAAACGGGUUUGGACCCACCGGCAGUAAGUUGCUCUUAUGUCUCGUCUCACAGUGUAUGUCUCUGA